AUGUUCAAGAAAUUCAUCCUUGUUCUUGUGCUCAGCCUUGCCCUCGGUGUUCUGGCAGUCCAGCCCAACCAGGGACACGACAUCGCAGCCCGCAACUCGGCCUUUUUCCCUCGCGCUGCUCCUUGUGUCGGCCCCAACUGUGCUAUUGCUGCUGGCCGAGCUCGGGCUCCUCCCACUCCCGUCCGCCCCAAGCGUGGUGCCAAGCCCUCUCCGGUCCCCACUAGCCUCCCUGCUCCUAACUGUGACUGGCAUGACACUUGUACCGAAGGCUCAAUCGACUUUGGCGACGCCUCCAUCAUCGUCCCCCGCCCGCUCGUCCCCGGUGGCGGGUCUGACAAGCCGGCAACUCCUGGUCCAGUCCUAACCGCCAACUGCACCAACCUUGCUGGUGUAGACGUGAAAGCCACGUUGGACAUCAGCCAGUGCAUGUACGUGCCUCCACUGAGAUGCCAGUACAACACGGCCGGUAUCGACGUCUUUGCGGGCACUUGCUCAGUCUGCUUCCUCGAUGCCGACACCAAAGUCACUUGCACCUGCCUGGUUGGCCGUAAGAGCAUUACCAGCACGGUCGAUACCAGGACCUGCAUUGGCAACAGUGACGGAGAGCUUACCUGCAAGGAGUCAAAGUAA